GGGCUGAGGGCAGCGGGGAGAGCCACGAGGAAGGAGGCCCGGGCCCUGGCUGAGCAGACCGACUACGACGUGCCUCGUAUCCUCCUCAUCCUACCUCGUGUGAUCGUGUCCUCAUCCUCCUCCUACCUCGUGUGAUCGUGUCCUACCGACGCCGCCGCUGCCGCUGCUGCUGUUCGCCGCCGCGGUGUCCCCGCUCUCCACGCGCUCUCUACGACUGCAGCGAUGUCGACAGGCGAGAAGCUGGCCGAGGGGAAGACGAAGGCCGUGUUCGCUGUGGACGGGCAGCCCGGCAGGGUGCUCGUGCAGUCGCGCGACAGCAUCACGGCGGGCAACGCGGCGCGGCGUGACCACCUCGAGGGGAAGGCGGCGCUGUCCAACCGCACCACGUCUGCCGUUUUCGCCCUGCUGAACGCCGUUGGGAUCCGCACGGCGUUCGUGGAGGCGCAGGGCAAGACGGCGUUCUUGGCCGAGCGCUGCGACAUGGUGCCCAUCGAGUGGGUGUGCCGGCGCGUGGCCACGGGCUCCUUCCUCAAGCGCAACCCGGGGGUCGCCGAGGGGCUCCGCUUCUCCUCCCCAAAGCUGGAGAUCUUCUUCAAGGACGACGCCAACAACGACCCGCAGUGGUCGGAGGAGCAGCUCGUGGCGGCGAAGCUUUCCCCGGCCGGCCGCCUCAUCGGGCCGCACGAGGUGGCCGUGAUGGCGCGCACCACGCAGGCCGUCUUCGAGAUCCUCGAGCGGGCGUGGGCCACGCAGGUGUGCACGCUCGUCGACAUGAAGGUGGAGUUCGGGGUGAGCGUGACGACGAAGGAGAUCCUGCUCGCCGACGUCAUCGACAACGACUCGUGGAGGCUGUGGCCGGCGGGCGACCGCGCGCAGCAGAAGGACAAGCAGACGUACCGAGACCUGUCUGUGGUGACCCCGGAUGCCCUGCAGGUCGUCAAGAAGAACUUUGAGUGGGUGGCCGAGCGCGUGGAGCUGCUGCACACGCCGGCCGGUGGGAGCGGUGAGGGCCGUGUGGUGGUCAUCAUGGGCUCGGCGUCGGACAAGCCGCACGGUGACAAGAUCCUCGCCGCGUGCCAGGGCCACGGCGUGCCGUGCACCCUGCGCAUCUCCUCCGCCCACAAGGGCCCUGACCAGACCCUGGACAUCAAAUCGUCUUAUGAAGCGGACGGCGUCCCCACGGUGUUUGUGGCGGUGGCCGGGCGGAGCAACGGGCUGGGCCCCGUGCUCUCGGGCAACACGGUGUGCCCCGUCAUCAACUGCCCCCCACUGUCUGCCGACUGGGGGGCCCAGGAUGUGUGGUCCUCGCUCCGUCUCCCUGGAGGUCUCGGGUGCAGCACCGUCUUGUCCCCGGAGGCGGCCGCCCUGUGCGCCGCUCAGAUGCUGGCGCUGAGUAACCACCUCGUGUGGUGCCGCUUGCGCGCUCAGCAACUCGGCACCUGGAUCGGGCUCCUCGACUCGGACCGCAAGGUGCAGGACAAGGGCUCCAGGGAAGUGUAGGUGCCUGGUGAAGUGUGGGCGCUGGCUCGGCACGCGAUUGGUCUCCCCUGUUGCUCCCCGGAGCACGCGGCUCGACCUUCGGUUGCUUCCCCCCCCCCGGCGGUUUUCUACGAACGAUGAGCCGAUUCCUCGCGCUCACGGUGCAGACGCGUCGGGUCGUGUGCGUGCGCGCGGAUCGAUUUCGUUUUCCGGUUGGUUCACACGUGACCACUUGCACCGACUAGAGGCGCUACAUUCACAAGUGUUCAAGAAUCGGUCUGUUAAUUGAACCGAUUUGCCACCCCUCCCCCCCCGAAUCGCGAAUCAUGACAGUUCAUUGAUUCGGUGGGGGGCAGCGAUGACUGAUUGCAGACUGAGCGUCGAGUGCUCGAUUCUCAUGCACAAUAAAAUUUGGAAAUAAGCACGUCCCUGCCAUUCCAAAAAAGGCCAGCUGUACUUGCAUCCAAAGUCAUGUGCUUGUCGAAGAAGUUGUCCAUAACCUUCCCCCACCAGUGAAAGUCAGCACGCGUUGCUUAUGCAAUAACCAGCACUGUGCUUAUAUAAGGUGUGCUAUAUUUCAACUUCUACUGUACGCGGUCGCUAUAGCGUUUAUGCUCGCAGUAAACGCAAAAAAACUGUAUUGUAUAACAUUUGAUUGACGAUUCGAAUCGCGAUGGGGUGGAAUCACUUUACAACAGGCCGAGAGGGUUUAAUGCGGCGGCGGUGUUUGUUGUUCUUUGUUACGGUUUGUUAGCGUUAUCUCGUCGGGCUCGUUUGGACACUGCCAUUUCGAUCGACGCCGGGCGUUUCUCCGCUCAAGUCUGUGCGCGAAUCCGGCACAGACAACGCGACGAAUCGAUGUUGCGCGCAAUUUGCUUUUUUGGCCACUGCCACUGCCAGCGCCGAGCACGAUCAUUAAACGCAGCUAAAAAAAAAAACGCCCAUCUCGUCCCCUUUUUUUUUUUUGAGUCCCGGCAUCCUGCAGCUGCCGCCGCCGCCACCGCUGAUGGGGCCCCGGUGGUGGCGGGGCACAUGGGUGGUGGGUGUGGCCAGGGGAAGGUGGGAAAAGGGGCAGUGGCCUACAACACUUCCAGAAAUGUAAGGACGGACGUUGAAUCAAGGCACUGCUGACCACUUG